CGGAGCGGAUUCAGUCGUUUGGUAACUGUUGCAUUCGGCACUUCGUUCGCUCGUUGCCCUCAGUCGCUUUUGAAUUCCGUGUGGGUGGGCAUAGCACAGCACAUCGUUCGUCAUUCGUCGUUCGGCUUUCUUGGGUUCGGCAUUUCGUGAUUCGGGUCGGAAUCGUAUUAACUAAACCUGCGUCCGUGUGCGUUAGGUUAGCCGGCCAUUGAGCACUACCACAGCCGAAGGCAGCGCGUCCGUGUGUGUUUAUCACAGUGGCAUAUUCUUCGAUUAGCUAGCUGGCAGCAAACCCUACCGAUCGGAUAUACCCCUCAAAUAAAUAGUAAAAAUAAUACCAACGAGUAAAAUUGAAAAUUGAAACAAAACAUACACAAUACACUCCCCAAAACACACUCUCACACACAACACACAAAAAAUAUAAACCACAGCCUCAGCGGCCGUAAAGUGCCACCAAAAAGUACUUACUUUUAUGCAUGAAAAGCUGAAGCAAGUGCAACCUAAAGCCGGAGUGACAUCAAAAAAUAUAUACAUAUAAAGAAAAACAAAAAAAUAAACAGGGGAUAACAGCACACACGCAGAGAGAGAAAAUAAAGGAAGCCAAAGGAAGUCAGCAGCAAAAUCAUGUCACGGAUCGUUUUUAUAUGUCUCGCAGCCAUCUUAACAGAUGCGCUCACCUGGGCCCAAGUGAAUGUGGAACCCAACACAGCGCUCCUCAACCAAGGAGAUCGCACCGAGCUGCUCUGCCGCUAUGGAAGAGCCAUCAACUACUGCCGCAUCGAGAUCCCCGGCGAGCCGAAGGUCCUCAACUUGUCGCCGGAGUGGAGCAAGACCCCCGGAUUCGCGUACUUCGGAGGCGGUCUUACGGCCGGACACUGCGGCGUCAGCAUCGAGCGGGUGAAGGCCAGCAACAAUGGCCAGGUCAAGUGCAGUCUGGGCGUCGAGGGAGAGGAGCUGGAGGGCGUCAUCGACCUGGUGGUGGCAAUGCGUCCCGAACAGCCCAUUAUCGAGCUGCUGUCGAAGCCAAAUCGCGAGGGCUACUUUAACGAGGGAACUGAAUUCAACGCGCGCUGCAGCGUUAGCAAGGGUCGCCCGCCGGCGAAUAUCACGUGGUACAUCGACAACAUGCCGGCCAACAAGCGCACCACUCCCCUGGAGUACCUCACCACCACCGAUAACAAUGUGGAGCUCACAACCACCGUGGGGGAAAUCCAGUGGCAUUUGUCGGCCGAGGACAGCAACCGGAAACUGGUCUGCCGCUCACACCACCAAACCGAUCGCGAAAGUCUUCCUCCGCAAGAGGCCGCCUACAUCAUCAAUGUGCGAUAUGCCCCCGUCCACCAGCCAGAUGCCGCCGUGUACGGCCUGUAUCUCGAGCACACUGCCAUUGUGAACAUCACAAUCCGAGCCAGUCCGCAGCCCAAGAUCGAAUGGAGCAUCGAUGGAGCGGUUGUGGGUCAGGGUCGCACCGACGGACGCUAUUCGGCAUAUGAACCCCAGUAUCUGGGCAACGAUGAGUACAAUGUGACUCUGGCCAUCGCCGGUCUGACUCUGGAGGAUACCACGAAAAUCUACAAUCUGAGGGCCAGCAAUGAACUGGGACUGACGGACUACAAGGUGCGAAUCAGUUCGUCGAGCAAACCGCCCAGCAGCAGCCUGGAUGUGGCCGCAAUUGUUGGCAUUGUGGUUGCCGUUGCCGUUUUGGUCCUGGUUGUUCUACUGAUUGUGUUUGCACGAGCCACUGGCCGAUGGUGUUUUGGCGGUAAAUCAAUUAAGACGCCCACAAACGAAACCAGCGACACCGAAAGCGCCGAUAUAAAAGCCACAUCAUCAACGGCCACCGCCACAACGACGAUGGGCGGAGUGGGCGUGUCGGCCGAGGAGGAGGAAACCGUUAACGAACAGGAGAACACACAGCAGCAACAACAACAACAACAGCAGCAGAAGAAGGCCAAGAGAUUGCCGGCUUUUGCCGCCGCAAUUUUAAAGCGUUUCAACGAAAAGGAUUCAAGGAAGUACAAGGAUAACCAGGAGUCGAUGAAUAUUGUGGAGGGAAGCGAACAGGAGAAUCCAGCAGGCAACAAUGCCAUCGAUGGCAAUGACAAUGAACCAAAGCAAGACAAACAACUCGUCUAUGCUGAACUUGUACUAAAACCAGCCAAUGAGACAACAACAGCAGCAACACCAGCACCAACAACAGCAACAACACCUGAAGGAACUGGCGUCGGGGUUAAAAGUUCAACGGAAUACGCCGAAAUAGUGUACGUGCAAAAGGGAGGCGAAAGCAAAAAAUAAUCUAUCCCAACUAAAAAAACACCCUGGGAGGCUGACACAAAUAAAACAUAAAACUGGAUGCACAAAAAUUAAGGAGCAGCAACGUAAACAAAAACCCAGUGCAGCAUAAACAUAAACUUUACAUUGAUAUUAAGUAUGCAGAAAAAAAUAAGAAUAAAAUGUCUUAAGUGGUUUUUCAAAAACUUCUUGAAUGUGUGUACUAAAAUCUAAUGAAAUGUGAAACUAAAAACAUAAAAGCAAAAAAAUAAACUUAUACAACGUAAACUUAAUUCUCCGCACAGAAAUCUUGACACAGGACACGCUCCCCAAUAUGUACCCCUCCUCCCUCAGCCCACACAUUAAAUCAAAUUUACAACAUGAUAAAAAACGAAAGAGAACCUUAAAAAAGCUAAAAGAAUAUUUGCAAAACAAACUAUAUAUAAAUAAAAUUUACAUAAACAUAGGCAAGAGAAAAAAAGCAUUUGAAAAUCUCAAUUAUUUACAUAAAUGUCUCGCAUUUAAGCUAAAUGUAAAUUUAAGACAAGAUGCAACACAACAAAAAAUACAAACUAUGCAAAAUUAAGUAAACUUAUUUAGACGAACCUUAAAUUAUUUUUACGCAAACAUUUUUGUACACAUCGCCGUUUUGAAUAUGCAAAAUUAGUAUUCUAACAAUUUAGGCAGCCAGAAAAAAGCAUUUAACAAAAUAAUACAAAAAUUCGAUAGAGAACAAUUUACCGAACAUCUCUUGCAACUAAAAGUAUUCUAUCAUAAUUAAUUUUGUUUUUUUUCUCUUAACGAUAUCCAUCCAUUUUCCAUACAACUGGCAAUUAAUGUUAUUAUUUAAAACCAUUUUAACAAUUACGUAUUAAUUGAUAAUUGAAUAAGUUAAGUGCAUAAAUUAAUUACAAUGUACUUUCAUGAUGAUGAUUGAUUUUUGUAUUUUGUAAGUUAUAAUUUGUAUAAAGUUAAGCUGAACAAGAAACUUUUUUGAAUAAAAUUCUUUACCAUAUGA